GGUAAAGGACCAAAAGACCCCCGACACGUCUACGCCAACCCAUUUGCUCCAUGGACAUGUUGCAUCACCGCGCUAGGGGUCUAUUGGGCGUGCUACACUCGCCAAGGCACCGGUCCGCUGUUCCCAGGCUCCCUGCAACGCAACCGGUUUCGCAAGGCAUUUGCCCGCGCCUUGGGAAAUGCUGACGACGAAAAAAACUAUGGAACUCAUUCGUCUCUUGGAGGUGUCCAAGACCGCUACUUUCGAUAUGAAGCCGCUGGAGACCAAUUUCUGGGCCGUGUUGGGGUAGGUUUGCCACUGAACAGCGCCGGUUUUGCUAUACUACCGCCCCACUUCAAAGAUAAUACCGACCCAGUCGUGCGUGAAGGUGUGAAGAGUAUGUUUCCA